AUGGCCAGCGAGUCCUGGUUCGGGGGUCCCCUGCCUGCCGGGGUCCGAGACGCCCUCCCAGCAGGAGACUCGGUCGCCGGUCCUGCCCCCACCCCACACAGCUGUGCCGAGUCCCCUUGGCCUGUGGCCCCUGGCCGAGCAGGGGCUCCGGCCGAUGCCGAGCCUGGGGGGCCAGUCCUAGGGCAGCCUCUGGCUCCAGCCCCGCUGCCGGGCCCGACUCCGACCCCAGCCCCUGGCCCUGCGCUACUGCCCCUGGAAAGUAUGUUCAGCCCCAUCACGGAGCAGCUCCGCUACCUGCUCAAGAAAGCGGAGGAUUUCCAGAGCUACCUCCUCUACAGCAGGGACCGGGUCCAGAAGGAGCAGUUGGCCAAGGCGAUGCCAACUUUCCUGCAGAUGUGCCAGCCUUACUUCCUCUACCUGGAGUCUGCUGCCAGGGGCAUGCCCCCGAUUCACGGGGCCCUGCAAGAGCUGGUUCGGAAAAGACUGCUAGAAAUUUCCCAACAGCUGGCCCUUAGGCUGGAGCAACUGGUGCUUAUGUAUGCUUCCUUCGGGUUUGUGGUACUGGAAGAGACCGAUCCCCUCAGUGUCUCCUGUUUCUUCUGCGGGAAAUUCUCACUGGGCCCCUCCCAUCAAGUUUCAGUUUUCCGAUAUUGCUCUCCAGCUCCUUACACAGCUGGCCGACUUCCCAGAUACUUGUACAAGAAGAUGCGGUGGAAUCUAGAAGCUAGUCCUGAGACCAGCAACAGGGGACAUGGGCCUCAUGUAGAAUACUACUUCCUGUGCUAUCGAGAUACUUGGGAGGACACGGGCAAGAGUCCUGCCAACUCCUGUGCCCAGAUUCAAAAGCUCUGGUCCAUUGGGCGCUGGGUGCCCCUGGGCCCAGGCCAAGACGGCUCCUCGGAUAUCUAUUCCUGGAUCCUGUGCCCUCAGCCCCCGGGAGAAUACCAACAGCUGCUGACCAUAGGUUUUGAGGAGCCGUCGCACACCCUGGCCACCGAUCUGCUGGUACAGAUUCUCACGGGCCAGGCAGGAAGCGCAGGGCGAGCCCCAAGUACAGCCACGGGUGCCCCUGGCUGGCCUGGGGCUCCCGGGCCCUGA